AUGUAUCUCUUCAGGUGUUGCAAAAGAAAAAAGNAAUAUCCUGGUCUGGUGGAGGUGGAUCCACCAAACAACAACUUUGACGACGCAGAUGAUGCUGACGACGAAUACGCUGAUGACACGAUGUAUGAUGGGCAGAUGGAGCCCUACACCGAUGAAGAAGAUUGUGAAGAUGUGUUCAAUAUUAAUGAACACACCUUCGCCUAUGCUUAUGACCUGGACAACGGAGAAGACGAUAAUGUUACUGAUAAGGAGAAAGACAUCAACAAAUUUUGUGUCAUUUGCACCUUGAAAUUUUUAUUGAACGCAUCAGUACGUCGAAUGCAAUGCAUGCACUUAUUUCAUAAGGUUUGCAUUGACUACUGGGUUUAA